AAUCCGAUGUGGAAAAAUUGUCUUCUGCAGGAGAAGUUGACUUUUACUGCAGAACUUGCGCCUUCAAGUUGACCAAAGUUCCUCUCAGGACUUUUGUUGAAAUGCCUUCGGUGAAUUGGAGAGAGGUGGCUGAUAACUGGUUUGGGGCUUGUUGUUGUUCGUUUGGAGGGAUAAGUGAGAAGAUGGUGAUGAGGUAUGUGAGUUCAUAUAUGUGCGCGCCGGGGAUGUGUCUAUUGAGUUCUACUUCUGUCACACUUUGCAAGGAUGAUCUUGUGGAAUGUGAUUUUCUUGAAGGGUGUGGAGAGCGAGAGUGGAGUUGUGUAACGGAAAACCCUGGAGAUGAUAGUGGUGGUAAAGGCAUGAGAAACUGUGAAUUGGAUGGUGAGAGAACUUCAACUUGGAGUGAUGAUGGGGGUGUUGACAAUGGGUGUGAAGAGCAAGAGUGUAGUUCUAUAGUAGAAAACCCCAGAGAUGAUGGUGCUGGCAUAGGCAUGAGAAACUGUGAAUUGAGUGAUGAAGGAACUUCAACUUGCAUCGAUGAUGGUGGUGUUGGCAAAGGGUGUGGAGAGCAAGGGUGUAGUUCUAUUUCUAUAGCAGAAAACCCCAGAGAUGAUGGUGUUGGCAAAGGCAUGAGAAACUGUGAAUUGAAUGGUGAAAGAGAUUUAACUUGCAGUGAUGAUAGUGGAGUGACUCUUGCUUUUGAUGAGAGUUCUAGGUUUGCACAUCCUGAGAAUGAUAAGGCUUCUGUGAAUUCCAGAUGUGAGUUUGUUAAGAAUGAACCUGAUCAUAGUGAUUUCUCUGACUCACGUCCAGAUUCAGAUGAUGCCAAAGAUGUGAACCAAGCUUCUAGUUGUUGUGCUCAUAUGACAAGCAAUCUUGGGAAUGGUGACAGGGAACAUCAUUUAUGUGGAACUGAUGGAAAAGAAGGGAUGUCAACUGAGACCGUGGAAAUUUUGGGAAAUCAAAAAUCCUUCCUCAACGGUUUUCUUGAAGAUAUUUUCAUGGCUAGAUUAUCAAACCUUUCAAAGGAUAUUGAUUGGCGUGAAUUUAGAUGUCCUCAAUGCACGUGUUUCCUUGGAGCCUACCCAUGUUUUGACGGCCAUACACUUGUAGAUGGGGGAAUACGAUUGUUCAAAUGUUAUAUUUCGACCAGUGUGCCAGUUGGAGGAUCAGGGGACAUGUUCAGGUUAGCAAAGAAUGACUAGAUUCACUCUCUUUGUCUUAGACUUGUUUAUCAGAAAGAAAAAAGGUGACUCGGUUUUGUGCCCUUAUAACUCGGUUGCAGGUGAGCUGACUAUGGGAAAUAGAUACAAUAAAACAUGUAUGCUUCUAGGAUUUAAGUAAAAUUAAUGCCAAUGUGAAUAAUUUGAUUCAUCCUAUCAGCUAAUUUUGGAAUAAUAAAUGAAUUAGUAAAAUUGAUAGAUAAUAAUUGUGCAGUAGAAAUAUAAUAUUGGGGAAGAAAAAGUAUUUAGUUUUUCUGUCAUAUUCUUGGUGGGAAAGAAGCGGCAGUGACUGGUUAACAUGAGUUCUUUUAUGCAUGUGCGCUAACAAUGUUUUCAAGGAAGUAAGUUUCAAUAUAAUUUUUGUUCUUGUAAUGUAUUGUUUUUUCACUUUUAUCUCUAACCUUUUAUAAUGUUUCAAAAAUAGUCCUUAUUGUCAACUACCAUUAAAAAAAUCCUAUGUGGCAAAUGGAAUACAUAUUAUAUUCGUGGCAAAUGGAUUACAUAUAAUAUUCGUUAUAUUUCAUUUCAUCAUUGCUAUGCAAGUAAAUUGAUUUUAAAUUUUUUUAGAUAAAAUUUCAAAAUGCACUUCACCGCACCCAAACCCUCAACCUCACCCUCAUGAUUGUGCUUCCCCUCUUCAGUCAAAAUCUGACAAUACAAACCCUAAAUUUCUCAAUCUAAACCCCAAUCCCCCCAAUGAGGAUCAACUUCUCCCAAUCUACAAUCUCGAUAACAAUAUUGAGUUCGUCCUCAAUGACUACUGCCUCUAUGAGGUCAUUGUUGGUCGUCUCCUCACUAUGGAGGAGUUUGACCUCAUGUUCAACUACUUUCCCAUCGUGUAAGAGCUCAUGUGUUGCAAGAGCGUCACUACUUUGUUGGCACCACUACCAAAGCCGCCUCCUUCAACUCUAAGAAGAACUAUGUCGGUUGGUUCAAGAUAAUCAAGACCGUCGUUACAUAUUGCAACUGUCACAACAACGAGUAGGACACCUCAUCGGAGAAGGGAGGUUGAUUUUCUAGCUCUAUCACCAAUGAUAGCUAGGAUUUGACGUUUCAUAGUUCAAAGAAAGUGUGCAUGAAGAGUAUGAUAAAGUGACAAUAAUGAAGUGCAUUUUGAAAUUUUGUCUAAAAUAAUUUUAAAAUUAAUUUAUGUAUGUGACAAUAAUGAAAUAAAAUAUAAUGAAUAUAAUAUGUAUUUUGUUUGUCAUAUAGAAUUUUUUUUAACUAAAGUUAAUGGCUGAAACUAUUUUUGAAACAUUAUAAAAGGUUAGGAAUGAAACAACAACGAAAAAAUUUACAGGGACUAAAAGUGGAAAAACGAUAAAUUACAUGCACGAAAAUUAUAUUUAAGCCUUUAAUAUGUAUAGGUUGGAAUUAGGUACAAUAUUAUGGUUCUUUCAUAAUAGUGUGUGCAAAGGUUUUACCAACAAAUGCCAUGUAUUUAUAAACGAAAGAGUUAAUAGUGAAGACUGAAGACAUGGUCCUGACAACUCAAGGUAAAAAGAAAUCUGUCUGGCAUGCCGUUUCUUCUUGAUCCUCUGAACAUGACUGUAUCCAUGUUGUGCUCUCUAGGCUAUUCCUAUUACUUUCUUUUUCCAGUUAAUAGGCCUUACAGUGGUUUAUAUAUAUAAUUUAAGCCAGGGAAGGGUUAUAUUGUAAAGCUCAUUAGUAACAUACGGAUAUAUCCUGAAAAAGGUUGUUAAUCAUUAAUUAUAUUAUAGGCCAAAGGCCAAAAAGAAAUCUGUCUGGCAUGCCGUUUUUUCUUGAUCCUGUGAACGUGACUGUAUCCAUGUUGUGCACUCUAGGCUAUUGCUAUUACUUUCUUUUUCCAGUUAAUAGGCCUUACAGCGGUUAUAUAUAUAUAUAUAAUUUAAGCUAGGGAAGGAUUAUAGUUUGAAGCUCAUUAGUAACAUACGGAUAUAUCCUAAAAAGGUUGUAUAUCAGUAAUUAUAUUAUAGGCCAAAGGCAAAAAGAAAUCUGUCUGGCAUGCCGUCUUUUCUCGAACAUGACUGUAUCCAUGUUGUGCACUCUAGGCUAUUGCUGUUUCCAGUUAAUAGGCCUUACAGCGGUUAUAUAUAUAUAUAUAAUUUAAGCUAGGGAAGGAUUAUAGUUUGAAGCUCAUUAGUAACAUACGGAUAUAUCCUAAAAAGGUUGUAUAUCAGUAAUUAUAUUAUAGGCCAAAGGCAAAAAGAAAUCUGUCUGGCAUGCCGUCUUUUCUCGAACAUGACUGUAUCCAUGUUGUGCACUCUAGGCUAUUGCUGUUUCCAGUUAAUAGGCCUUACAGCGGUUAUAUAUAUAUAUAUAAUUUAAGCUAGGGAAGGAUUAUAGUUUGAAGCUCAUUAGUAACAUACGGAUAUAUCCUAAAAAGGUUGUAUAUCAGUAAUUAUAUUAUAGGCCAAAGGCAAAAAGAAAUCUGUCUGGCAUGCCGUCUUUUCUCGAACAUGACUGUAUCCAUGUUGUGCACUCUAGGCUAUUGCUGUUUCCAGUUAAUAGGCCUUACAGCGGUUAUAUAUAUAUAUAUAAUUUAAGCUAGGGAAGGAUUAUAGUUUGAAGCUCAUUAGUAACAUACGGAUAUAUCCUAAAAAGGUUGUAUAUCAGUAAUUAUAUUAUAGGCCAAAGGCAAAAAGAAAUCUGUCUGGCAUGCCGUCUUUUCUCGAACAUGACUGUAUCCAUGUUGUGCACUCUAGGCUAUUGCUGUUUCCAGUUAAUAGGCCUUACAGCGGUUAUAUAUAUAUAUAUAAUUUAAGCUAGGGAAGGAUUAUAGUUUGAAGCUCAUUAGUAACAUACGGAUAUAUCCUAAAAAGGUUGUAUAUCAGUAAUUAUAUUAUAGGCCAAAGGCAAAA